AAAGCAACCUUUCAGGCAGUCUUGAUAAAUUACCUUUCUGACAAGUCAAAUAAUUGACCGUGUGCUUGCUUGAAACACUACUAUAAGCGCCCGUAGUUCGACGCCAAUACAAUUGACCUGUUGGUUAAAUAUGGUACAGUCGGCGGUAGAUGUUAUCAAGCAGUGAUGCAAUACGUGCCGUUUACUGACUUGUCUAGGUACCUUAAUAUAUACAGUAUUUCUAUAACAUACCAUUUAGCCACGGUAUUCACUCCUCCAUUACUAGGUACGCUGGCGUAUGCUCUUUUAUUGAUACUGGCGGGUAUCUAGACUUUACAGAGCGCGUACCUUACUAGGUCUUGCAAAACUCUAGACAUUGAGUAUCUGAUGUUAUUUUCACCUAAAAGACUCGCAUAUUUUAUUUACGUAAUGUUGCGCGAAAUGGUACGCCGUUUCCCUACAUCUCAUUUCAGGCCGAUCAGAACGAACAGAGACCGCCCUAGAGCGGAACGCUCUGUAGAUUCGGCUCAAGCCCUUUGCUAUGGGGAAACAUCAGGCAACUCGAACUAUGUCGUGAAUGACCCUGGUGGUAAUGUACUCACCACAGAGCGCCGAGGGACUCGGGAUACGGGAGUUAACACAGAUUCCAACGACGUUCGAGAAAACCCAAUACCUAUCUCUAUUGCCGAGCGCGAUGCGAUCAUAGAUACCCUCACACGCGAACUUGAAAAGGAACACCAGGCCCGUGUUCAAGCAGAAAACGAGACUCGACAACUGAAUAGCAAGUUGAAGUCUAUACAAAUUAAAUGGAAGCGAACAGCCAACAAGUUGGACCAGAUUCUCUCGCAGUCUCAGGGGUUCAGCCAAGUCACCGACGAAGAAUUGAAAGAAAUGGCCCUGCAACUACGAUACAACAUACGCAACUUUGCCAUUCAAUAUUUCGGUGAUCCCGUCGGGUACCGUAGAGCUGAGACAUAUCCUGACUACGUGUAUUACUUGCCAGAAUACUACGAGUUGUAUCUCACACGACCAGAGAAUUAUCCUACAGUGGUUCAAGCUUUUUUAUGGGACGUGUUGACGUACAAGAUAUUCAACCGGUUCCGAUGGGCUGGGUGCAUGUCCAGCAGCUUUAACACAUUUUGGUCCCGUUUAUUUAUUAGGAGAAAUACGAAUGAUACAAUGGCACACACGACAGGACAGAAACUCCACGCUUGGCGCGCGACAACAGCGAACCUAGCCUCCGAAUGCUUGACUGAAAAAGAUCUGUCCAACAUCCAACAAAUAAAAGACGCCAUUAUACAUCGGAUACAUGAAGUGCUGAAGUUACUGUCGAACGGAACCUACGACGGCGACGUCGGCAGCAUAAUCGAUGACGCGAUUAAGUUAGACAAGAUGAUUAGCUCGCAGGUGGCCAUGGUGUCAUGGGAAUUCGGAAAGACCCUUGACGACGGAAGUACGGAAAACCCUCCUAGAUCAGAUAUGGGAGACAUAGUGGUCGUCUGUCCAGCUAUGCUCAAGCGAGGCAAGUCAAAUGGAGAAGAUUUUGAUGUCCAGUCUGUACUAUUGCCAAGGGAGGAGGGAUUCUGUGUGAGCGAGAAGUAUAAGAAAUAGUGGGCUAUUCUGAUAUCUGUUCUAUGCUACGAUGGUAGUAUUAUGUGGUGGAAUCUACUCUUAUGAUGGGGGAUGUUGGAGUCUAGGCAACCCGUGUAACCUUUGUGGCUCAGGGGUUCAGGGGUUCAGGGGGCCUGUGUACCCUUUGUAGUGGCUGACUAAGCCAAGUCAAUUUACUAGUGUCAUCGAUGAACAGGCAGGAACAAUCCUUUAUAUUUAUUUCCAUAGUUGAUUCAGAUUCAUUCGGACUCCCCGUCAC